UGCUAGAUCCUUCUAAAAUGAAAGUGCAGGAAGAUGACUUGGUUUUCUUUUUUCUGGCUCCCUUCCCCACCUUCUUGCUUGUAUGGACAUUUACACUUUGACCCUGUUAACUAUUCCCUCCCUUUCUUCUUUAUUAUCCUGAGUUAUCUUCUGUUCCCAUAAUUCCAAUCACUUUUUUCUUGUUCUCAUUCAGUGAAGGAUGAGGAAGUUGCAAUCAGAGCAUGUACCUUUUAUUAGGUGAUUCAAACUGCCUCCUGCCUGAUUAACCUCAAGAGUCCCAAAACAUGAGGACUUCUGCCUGAUAGAUCACAUAAAGGAGGAAUUAAAAAAAAUUUUUAGAAUAGUUUCUGAUUCAGCUUCUUGGCUCAAGAAGAAAGAAGCUAGCUGUUUUUCACCUAGGAGUGGUCUGACUUCUCCAUGGCUUCCUGUCAUGUUUGUGACCUCAGGGUGCUGGUGGCCACUGUGUGUGGACUGCUGACGGCCAUCAUUUUGGGACUGGGCAUCUGGAGGAUUGUGAUUAGCGUUGAGACAGGAACAUUAACCCCCACAGCAAACACCACAAUAAAGUUCUGCAGGAAUGGUGGAACCUGGGAAAAUGGCAGAUGUGUUUGUCCAGAAGAGUGGAGAGGAUGGAGAUGUACAAUCCCUUAUUUCUGUGAAAGCAGUACCGCUGGUGAUUUAACUUUUGCCAGAAUUCCGGUGGGAAAAUAUGGAUCUUCCCAGCAAACAUGUGGUGAGAACACUUUAAAUGUGGGCUAUCCAAUAGCUACUCGGAUGUGCAGUAUUUCUAUAUAUGGAGAAAUAGUAUUAGAAAAUGUGACAAAAGGAAAUUGCGAUGAAAAUCUGGAAACCCUGGAAAACAAGAUAGUCAAUAUGGUAGCACAGCUUGAGAACAUUUCUAGUGAAACUCAGAUUUUAACAUCUAAUGUCGGUAAAAUGACUCCUGAGAACAUCACUUCUGCUGCUAGAGUGGUCGGAGAGAUCUUCAACGCAUCCAGAAAUGCUUCCUUUGAGGCAAAAGACACUGCUGUAUCGACAGUGAGUCAACUUCUAAGUGUCGGUGAAGAUGUUUUUCAACAAGUUCCGGUUGCUCCUCCUGAUGACGCUUUGACAACGCUUAUUCAACAAAUGGAGAGUUAUUCCUUGUCUUUGAAUAGCACUUCAGUGGUGAAACCUAAUGUAGCAGUACAGACUGUUUUAUUCUCUACAAAAAGCACUGUGCUCUUCUCUGUGAAGAAAGGAGAUAGUGAUUCUCUCAUUUCUGGUUCCAUAACUGUGGACACAAAUGUGAGCAACCCUAAUCCAGAUGCAGAGACUGAACUUCAAAUUUUGCUCAAUACCUCAAAAAGUAACACAAAAUGUGGCUUUAUAGUGUAUCAAAACAGCAAGUUUUUCCGAUCAAAAAUUUUUAAACCUAAAUCAAAUUUUAGUCAAAAAAUUAUCUCAGGCAAAACUGAUGAAACAAAAAAAGAUCAGAGAACUUCUGUUGAAAUUGUCUUUAACCCAAGGUAUGAUCCAAAAACGUUCCAAAUUCAUUCCUAUGCCUGUGUCUAUUGGAAUUUUAUAAAAAAGGAUUGGGACACAAAUGGCUGUCACAAACGGAGGGGCACUGAUGAAUUCUUGUACUGCCACUGCAACCAUACUACGAAUUUUGCUGUAUUAAUGAGUUUCGAAAAGAAAUAUAAAUAUCCUGCAUCACUAGACAUAUUAUCCAAUGUUGGAUGUGCGCUGUCCAUUACUGGUCUGGCCCUUACAAUUGUAUUUCAGAUUGUCACCAGGAACGUCAGAAAAACCUCAGUAACCUGGGUGUUCGUCAGCCUGUGCACAUCAAUGUUGAUUUUUAACCUCCUCUUUGUGUUUGGAAUCGAAAACUCCAAUAAAAACUUAGUGAAACGUGAUAAUGGCACCAAUAAGAUGGAUUCUGAUAAAAAUGAAAUACCCACGCAAGAUACUGUUGUCAUCUCGAAUCCCACCUGCACUGUGAUGGCUGUCUUGCUCCACUAUUUCCUGUUAGUGACAUUUACCUGGACUGGAAUCAGUGCUGCCCAACUCUAUUUCCUGCUAAUUAGGACCAUGAAGCCUCUUCCUCAACAUUUCAUUGUGUUCAUCUCUUUAAUAGGAUGGGGAGUCCCAGCUAUCGUGGUGGCUCUGACAGUGGGAAUUAUUUUUUCUCUGAAUAGAAAUGAUCCACAAUGGGAGUUAGAGUACCGGCAAGAGGAAAUCUGCUGGCUGGCAGUUCCAGAUAAAAAAGAUCUUAUAACUAGUCCAUUUUUAUGGUCAUUCGUCUUACCUGUGACUAUUAUCCUCAUCAACAAUAUUGUUGUAUUUAUUAUCAUCAUAGUCAAAGUGAUAUGGAAGAAUAAUCGCAAUCUGACAAGCACAAAAAAGGUUUCAUCCCUAAAGAAGAUUCUUAGUAUGUUAUCAAUUGCAGUUGUUUUUGGAAUUACCUGGAUUCUGGCAUACCUUAUGCUAAUUGAUAAUGAUGUCGUCAGGACUGUCUUCAGCUACAUGUUCUGCCUUUUCAACACUACUCAGGGAUUGCAAAUUUUUGUCCUCUACACUGUCAGAACAAAAAUCUUCCAGGAUGAAGCUUCAAAAGUGUUGAAGUUGCUGUCACUAUCCACUGGGAGAAAGAAGUCAUUGCCAUCAGUGACCUCACUGAGGCUGCGUGUGAGGAUGUAUAACAUGCUCAGGUCAUUUCCAGCCCUAAAUGAACACUUUAGGCUGCUGGAACCAUCUGUAAUUACAGAAGAAACUACACUCUCUGAAAGUGACCAAGCAAACCCAAGCAUCUAGACAGUAAAACUAUUACUUUUUGUAAUCCUCUUUUUAUUCAACUCAUUUUAAGUUUUUGCUUAUUCUGUUUCUUUUGUUUAUUACGCAGUCCUCCCAGAAAGUCUCCCUCAGCAUACUUUGCUCAAGGCUGAGAAUCAGAUAAAACCUGUCGUUUAUUAUCAUCAGGGAUAAUAGAUUUGGAAGUUUUUCUAUUAUUCAAUAGAUUCUUACCUGUAUGAGGUGAAGAAUUCUACCCAGCAUUCAAGAGAAUUUAAGGUUAUAAUUGCUACUUAUAUCAUAAAGUCUAUGUGACAAACUUUGGUAAAACAAAUUAUUUUACGAUUUCAUGAAAAGGACAUGAGAAGAAGUGUACCUAGGUAGCUCAGUUGGUUAAGCUUCUGACUCCUGGUUGCUGUCAUGAUCUCAUAGCUUUGUGAAUUUGAGCCCCACAUCAGACUCUGCACUAGCAGCAUGAGCCUGCAUAGGAUUCUCUCUUUCCCUCUCUCUCUGCCCCUCUCCCACUUGCUCUGUCUCUCUUUCUCUCUCUCUCUC